GCGCCAUACAACCUCGCACGUGUUCCUCUAGUCUGUCUUACCCGGCUUGAACAUGGCCGAGAUGGAGACGCAGAACCCCGGGACGGAGGACGGCUUUACUCCCGUCACGCACAGAGGGGGCCGCCGGGCGAAGAAACGACAGGCUGAGCAGUCGGCAGCGGCGGGACAGGAUGGAGAAGCCGGACGCAUGGACACGGAGGAGGCGCGGCCGGCGAAGAGGCCGGUCUUCCCGCCGCUCUCGGGCGAUCAGCUCCUGACUGGGAAAGAAGAAACGAGAAAAAUUCCCGUCCCAAGUAACAGAUACACACCGUUGAAAGAAAACUGGAUGAAGAUAUUUACUCCGAUUGUAGAACAUUUGGGACUUCAGAUACGCUUUAACCUGAAAUCAAGGAAUGUAGAAAUCAGGACUUGUAAAGACACCAAGGAUGUCAGUGCCCUGACAAAAGCUGCCGACUUUGUGAAAGCCUUUGUUCUUGGUUUUCAGGUGGAGGAUGCACUUGCCCUUAUCCGGCUAGAUGACCUCUUCCUAGAGUCUUUUGAAAUAACUGACGUUAAGCCCCUAAAAGGAGACCACUUGUCAAGGGCAAUAGGAAGAAUCGCUGGUAAAGGAGGAAAAACCAAAUUUACCAUAGAGAAUGUCACACGGACACGCAUUGUCCUGGCGGAUGUGCACGUUCACAUUCUUGGCUCUUUCCAAAAUAUCAAGAUGGCAAGAACAGCCAUUUGCAACCUCAUCCUAGGAAAUCCUCCAUCAAAGGUGUAUGGCAAUAUCCGAGCUGUGGCCAGCCGAUCAGCCGAUCGGUUCUGAUUUCCCAUGAACCUGUGAGGUGUUCACAUAAAACCAUGGGAAGAAUUUCUCAGCCACUUACAGAUCAGGUUUCUUCUCAGCUCUCGGCCAGAGCAGAAGCAGAAAAGGAAGGUUUAACGGGAUUUGUACUCAGCUGCUUCCAGGAUCAUUUAAAUACAGUACUGAAAAAAGUGUAGGUAAACCACAUGGAGCAAAUUCACAGUUUACAACCCUAUCAUUUAGAGGUAACUGCUUGCUUACAACUCUUUGGUUGCAGAUUUACAGCUAAAUUUAUAAACUUAUAUAAACUCUGAAAUUUUUAAUUAAAAAUGAAUCACAAUUCUUGGUACUGCUGGGCACUAUGACUAUUUCAGGGUUGAGUCAUGGCAGAAACUUGCACUAUUGAACUAUAAUAUGUGCUCAUCUUUGCACUUCCUCUACAAUUUAUAAAAUGAAAGCCCUGCAUCACGUGGCUAAUAAAUGUUAUUUUUCAAAUAAUUAAAGAUGUUAGACAUAUUUCUCUUGUGCAGUAAAGGUAAAAAUGUAAAACAAUUCUCCCAAGAAAACUGUUCUCUACACAGCAUAUUCUACUAGUGUCUGUGUAUAUGAAUUUGAUUCUUCUUUCUUUUCUU